AUGGACGCCAAGCCUUUUCGACCGCGCGGCGCUGAAAAUGCACCUCACCUUCAUCAUCAACACAAAUCAAAGGGAAAUCUGGCCAACAUGGCCAAGUCUACCACAUCAGCUGGAUUCCGUGGCGCUGCUAAGCGAGCAGCGUUCGGUGAUGUGACCAACGUCAGCAAGCAAGUCGGACAGAUUCGUGAUGACGGCAAAUCAAUCAAAGUCUACGCUACGAAUGGCGUCAAUCAUGGAUUGACAGGUGCUAAAGAGAACGGUACCCACGGCAAGGAAGCCUUCUCUCGCCCCGCUCAACGACUCGCCAACCAAGCAUCAACACGAACCACCCUCGAAAACAAGAACUUCGACGCGAACAAGAAGACUUAUGUGAGGCAGGAUGACCACGUUGCCACCAAACCUCCUGUUCCUUCCUCCAUCCAGAAUGCACCUUCCCUCCAACCCAGACACCACAAGAGCCAGCCUCAGCUUAAACCUCAACAGCAGCCGGCCAGUCUAAGGCGGACACAGAGCAAGCAGCUCGACAAGGCUGUAGUCAGGCCGGAGGCCGACGUGAGCUACAGGGUCACGAAUCCUGCGGGAUUCCAGCUUCAGGAGACCGAAUAUCCCUAUGAUCACGCCGCUUAUCUCGACUCCAUGUAUUUGCCUAUUGAAGCUGGUGCCCCUCUUGAUGUGCUCCGAAAGGAGGAGUACCCGGAGCCACCCGCCAAACUCCCAGAGAUCUCUGAAGAUGAUACUGCCAUCCACUCCUUCGAAGAAGGCCCCAUGCCCGCCAUGUCAGAGCCUGAAGAAUGCUGGGAAGAUGAAGACGAUGAGGAUUAUGACGACCAGGACCAAGCGUACACAACGGCGUACUCGGUUCGUUCUCGAGAUAUGACUGCUGGCGGUGCUACUGAGAUCAUUCCUCAACCACGUCUGACAGCCCGCGUCCAACGUGAACUUGAAGACGCCCGCGAGGAAGUGGAGCGAACACGUACUCAAGACGAGAUUGAAGAGGAGAUGUGGGAUGUUAGCAUGGUGGCUGAGUAUGGCGACGAGAUUUUUGAGUAUAUGCGCGAGCUCGAGAACAAGAUGCUCCCCAACCCUCACUAUAUGGACAACCAGACCGAGAUUCAAUGGUCAAUGCGAUCCGUCCUCAUGGAUUGGCUUGUGCAAGUUCACAACCGAUUCGGUCUUUUGCCUGAAACCCUCUUCUUGACCGUCAAUUACAUCGACCGUUUUCUUUCUCAGAAGAUCGUGUCGAUUGGCAAGCUUCAACUUGUGGGAGCAACAGCCAUUUUGGUAGCCUCCAAAUACGAAGAGAUUAACUGUCCUUCUCUUGGAGAGAUUGUGUACAUGGUCGACAAUGGAUAUACCGCCGACGAAGUUCUAAAGGCCGAGCGCUUCAUGCUUAGUAUGCUGAGCUUCGAGCUUGGCUGGCCUGGUCCUAUGAGCUUCUUGCGACGUGUUAGCAAGGCUGAUGACUACGACUUGGACACUCGUACUCUAGCGAAAUACUUCCUUGAGUUGACCAUCAUGGACGAGCGAUUUGUUGCGUCACGCCCAAGCUUCCUUGCUGCAGGUGCGCACUGUCUUUCACGACUCAUUCUCAAGAAGGGCGACUGGACCAAGCAGCAUGUUUACUACUCGGGUUAUACCUGGGGCCAGUUGCGAAGCCUAGUCACGAUGAUGAUUGAAUGCUGUGAUCGUCCUCACCUACACCAUGCCGCAGUAUUCGACAAGUACACAGACCGCCGGUACAAGGAAGCUUCUUUGUUGGUUCAGUCAGCGCUGGAUGCCGGAUUCACUCUUCCUCAACAGGUGGCUCCUGUUCGCCAAGAGCUCGACGCGUACCGUGAAGACAGCGCUGAAGUACCCAUUGCGCAGCCCCAGCUUAUUCCCAUUGAGGGUUGA